GAUGUGUAGUAUGAUACAAUGUGUGUGUCUUUUGCUGUCAAGUGACUGUUUCUUGUUCUCCACAGUGGUUUCAAGCAUAUUACGAAACAAUUCAGAUCAAAUAUAUAAAUCCUUCCUAUCAUUGAGAGGAAAUCCAAUUCACAGUGUCACAAGUGACCUCUUUCGUCUGCAUACGAGCUACAAGGUGCAGAACACAACAAGCCAGGAGGUCAGGAGGGUGGCUGAGACGGAGGCAGAUUCCAUCUUUUCGGCCAGCCAGAAGGAGGGUGUGGCACGCUAUAUGGCUCACACCACUGCCGUGGCGCAAAAGCACUACAGAAUGCUUACGGCAGAAGCUGUUGUGGAGACCUCUGUAUUGCUGGCAAAGUUGUCCGAAGCCAGCCAAUUGGAGAAGACUUAUGAACAAGACGUCCGCUCUUCAACAAAGAGAUACGACGAGUUUACAACGUUGUUUCCGGUGAUGACUGACGGCAUGUCACCGUCAAAGAAGCGAAGAACCGAAGCUGGUUUCCCAAACGACCGCACGCGAGCAGAGCAGUACGUCAAGCGGAAAAAACAUCUUCUCUCACGUUUCACAAUUCGCAAACCGUCGGUCGAGAAGGUGGGGAGCUAUAUUGCUAUGGAAGGCUGGCUAACCAACUGCCCCGCUCCAGAUGAGAUUUCAAGAAUGUGGAAGCCAGCCUCCAGAGAAGCUGUGGAGGACUACAAAAUCAUCCUCAGAAGUGUUAUGACCCAGAGGUGGAAUGGCGUUGUCCUCAAACACUUCAGAGUGGUUGCCAACAAGAAUUUUGCCAAAGGGGACAUCCUUUGUAGAGGAUGUAGGAGGAGAUUCCUCUCGCACACCGCAGGGUCCCCCAUCCCCCAGGACCACAGAAUUAUUCCAGCCUACAGGAGAAACAAAAAUCUACAGGACCAUCUAGUUAAAGCCAAAAUCAAACCUCUGCAGCAUAUGAGACCUAAAAUUCAACACAAUUAUUUUAAACAUAGAAAAUGGUUCAGGAGCUACAGCACCAGGGAGGUUUUCCUGAACCUGACUAGGGGGAACAUCCACUGUAAAAACUGUGUGUAUUUGAUAACGUGUACACAAUGUGGCUUGCAAUAUGUGGGGGAGACGGGGAACUCCAUCAGCACCCGCUUUACCCAACAUAAAUACAACAUCACCAAAAAGAAAAAAACACAGACACCACUGGUAACACAUUUCAUUACACAUGGGUGGAAAGCUGUCUCAGUUUGUGUGAUUGAGUGGAACCCCAGGUGGAGCGCUCCCCAGAGAAGGAGAGCGGAGAGGGUGUGGAUCGCCAGAUUAAAAACCAGGCAUCCUACAGGCCUUAACGAGGACUGAGAGCUGCGGGCUGUGAGGCAGUGCUGGACAGUGCAUCGAUGGUCCUGUUUACAGGACUAUCACAACUCUUUAACCCCUAACCCACUGAAAUUGACCUCUGGUCCUCCAUGGUACCAGGCUCUCCCGGCAUGCCCGGGCCCCCACACUUAAGCACCCCCCCUCGGACUAGACCCUUAAGCCCGCCGCCCUGGAGGUCCGCGCCCCCGAUAGUCUAUGCAGGGACGCAACGAACCGUCUUUCUUCCUAACGAAGAAGAAACCGGCCCCUGCGGGGGACGCGGAGGGAGCGAUGGUGCCGGCGUUGAGUGAGUCGGACAGGUACCUCUCGAGCGCCUCGCGUUCGGGAGCGGAUAAGGAGUAUAGUCUACCCCGCGGAGGCGUUGUGCCCGGGAGAAGGUCUAUACUGCAGUCAUACCGGCGGUGAGGGGGGAGAGAAGUGGCCCGGGAACGACUGAACACCUCCCGCAAAUCAUGAUACUCCUCCGGUACUCCUGACAAAUCACCUGGCUCCUCCUGAAAAACAGCAGCAGAAGAGACAGGGGGCACGGCAGAGGACACACAAUCAACAUGACACGACAGUUUCCACGAGAUUACAGAGCCGUUAGCCCAGUUAAUCUGGGGGUUAUGAAGGACUAGCCAUGGGUGGCCUAAUACCGCCGGAGUAUAGGGGGAACGGAAAAUCAGGAAGUCUAUAGUCUCUCUAUGAUUUCCUGAAACAGUGAGAGUCGUAGGGUCUUUCUCUGCACCAUGGGAAGGGAGCUACCAUCAAGAGCGAACAGGGGGGUGGGGUAAUGCAUGUCUGCGAGGGGAAUACCUUGUUCUAGAGCCCAAGUCUCGUCAAUGACGUUCCCCUCUGCUCCUGAGUCAACCAAUGUGGCGCAGGAGGCAGAUGAUCCCAGCCACUGGAGAUGUACUGGAAGAGAGGUGCAGGACUUAGAAGGAGAGGACCCGGAUGUAGCGCUCGUCAGCAACCCUCCGCCUACUGACGAGCGGUGGCUUUUACUGGGCACUUUGAGGCAAAAUGGCCAGCCGCAGCACAGUACAUGCACAGGCGGUUCAUAAUCCUGCGCUGUCGUUCUUGUGGAGAUAUACGGAGCCCCCCCAGCUGCAUUGGCUCAGGAUCAGCAGGAGAUGGUUGCGGAGGGGGUGCUGCCGCAGAGGCCGGAAGUGGCAUCGAGGGCAUCGGGGGCCUCACGGGCAAGGAUCUCAUCCUUGAGCUCAGGGUUAAGGCCCUCGAGGAAACGGGCGACGAGGGCCGUCUCGUUCCAACCACUAGUGGUGGCCAGGGUGCGGAAUUCAAUAGAGAAGUCCGUGACAGAUCUUCCUCCUUGGCGCAGCGUCGAUAGGAGGCGGGAUGCUUCGUCUCCGUGUGCAGACCGGUCGAAAACUGAUCAUCUCUCCCUUGAAGAGGGAAAACUCAGACAUGCAGUCUGCCUCUACCUCCCAGUUAGCCACCGCCCACUCUCUUGCGCCCGUCGAGAAGGGAAAUAACGUAGGCCACUCUGGACCUCUCCCUGGCAUAAGUGGACGGCUGGAGAGAAAAAACAACCUCGCAUUGGGUGAGGAAAGCUCGACACUGUUCUGGCUCACCCGAGUAGCAAGGCGGGUUGUUAAUUUGCGGCUCAGAUGAGGUACGCGCCCCGGUCGACCCAGUAGCCUCGAGGCGAUGGAGGUGGAACUGCUGGGUGAGGUCCAAGAUCUGGGCGGUCAGGGAGUCUAUGGUCCGUCUUGCGGAAGAUAGAUCCUCUUCGUGUUUGCCCAAGAGGGCUCCCUGAAGUUCGACGGCCUGGUGGAGAGGAUUGCCACUCGCCUGGUCCAUCUUCUGGUCGGAUUAUUCUGUUAUGAUGGAAUGAUGGGAAACCAGGAGCGAGAUGCAGUAGAGAGUCUUUUAAUGGUCAAAAGAAAAACAGUCCUCAAUAACGAAUAAACUCAAAGUCCUCUGGCGUUGGCCGGAAACAUAACAAAAGCAGACAGGAGAAACCAGGAACUUAGGGGCAUAAGGAUUACUCCCGUGAGGACAGCGUUCGGGGAUCCCGGGGUGCUCCUUACCAGCCGGGUCUAGCAGAGAGGUGUAAGCAGAUGAGCUGCCGGGGGCGCGCGCCGGUCGGGCACUCUGUGGAAAGGCACAGUCACAAAUACGCGGACGGUAAAGGUGCAGGACAAGACAGGGCGAGACGAGUGCUGACGCGUGUGUCUACAUUCAUGGAAUAAUCCGACAACAAGACAAGGCUAGAGGGAGGGAAUAAGAAGCAGGCAAAAUCAGGUGGAAGAGGUUUCAGGUGAGACAAUGAUGAGGACGAGAGGGGAAUCAGCUGUGAGGGAUAAUGAGGGGAGAGAGAGAGCAAGGGCAGGGGGUGUUUGCCUGAGAGUACCACAAGAGGGAGACAGGGGACAAGGAGGGAAGAGGAAGCCAGGGUCAUGACAGAAACUAAGUCAGAAUCGUAAUAUAAGGCCAGAAGCCCAGAGGGUCUCUGGGUCUUUGCUUAUUGUUCCGAUUUUGGGUGCUUUAAGGCGGACCCCAGGGGCCACCCUGCGCCCGUUUUGUGAAACCCACUUUUUAGGAACAGAGGCCUCCAGAGCAAGUGCCCAGGCAUCACACGGCCCACUGCCCCACCACCCGAACCCUUAUUGGGUCACAUUUUGAGCUUUUUGGGGGUGGCAGAGGCGUAAUUUUACAGUUUGCUGAUUUUCACCCACGGCUCAUUUGUAAGCUUAAAGCAAACUUAAAGGAAUUGACCGAAUGUUUGUGAAUUACCUGGGCGCGAUUACACUCUGCCUUUUGCCAUACAUUGGCUCCAGCUCCAUGGCCGGGACACAGAGCUGACGCUCUGCCAUUCGCCGUACAUUUGCUCCAGCUCCAUGCCCGGGACACAGAGCUGACAUUAUGCCUUUUGUCAUACACUGAACAGGGCCAUACGAGUCAGUACCACUGACCGGACAUUAGCGCCCUAGACCAUUACAAAUGAUAUAUUUUGAGAGUGAAAACCCUAACCCUUCAUCUCGGAAUACACGGGCAAUAAAUCGGUCCUGUACGCCGCAAGCUUUCCUGUACACGACCUGCCUACAAAGGUAUCAGUCCCUCAGCUCCAGGAUUUGCUCACUCAUUCUUUCCACCGGGUCAGUGGUCAGCGGGUCCAGGGAUUCUCUGGAAUGAUAUGCGUGUGGCCUGUGCCUAGCCGUGGGUCUCUAUACAAACUGCGAAGCCGUUGGGCGACACGGGGAGAUUCAUGUGACAUUCCUACCACCUAACCCCCUAACCCCGCUUUAACCAAAGAUCUACAUAUUUGUGACCGCAGAAUUAAUCGAGCUUGACCUCCCAUGAUACACCUGGCCGGUGACCUCAAGAGGGUGCGGCACGUUCUGACUUCCUUUUGCCAGUGGACCCCAAUGAGAGAAGACCUCGUUUAAAGCCGCUCUUCACUUGUUGCUAGUUUUAACUUGUUCAACCUGAAGAAGAUUCAACUAGAAUCGAAACGUUGUUGUUUUGUUUUAUUUAUUUGUUUAUUGCUUUUCCAAAAUAAAUGGUAAAGACUU